AGCAAAGCGCGAGCACAUUCCACGUCACUUGAUGUGGAUUUAGCGCGAGCGAGAGCCAGGAUCCUGACAGGAAUUUAGCGCUUUGACGUGAAAGUCGGCGGAUGUGAUGCCACGAGCAUAUUGGCUUCACCUCAAACUGACAGCGAAGGGAAUAUCAGCGGGUUGUAAACUGAGGUUUCAUCUCAAGGGUGUCCGAUCUGGUGCUCGAUCUUAAUGGGCGAAUCAGGGACACGCCGCUCCACCCUGGUCUCCAGGCUUCCCAUCUUUAGACGUAGUGUGCGAAAGAGGCAGGACUCGCUCCCCUCCUCACCCUCGUCCGGUGGUGUUGGCAAUGGCGUCCACACUUCCUCUCCCUCCAGCACGAAUUCCAGUUCCAGCAGCACGAGCAAACGGCGCAGCCUGUUCCGCACACCGUCCCUCAGCUUCCACAGUAAGAGGAACAGCGACCCAACCCAGCUCAGCCUGGACAAUCACAGCCAGGGAUCUGAAGUCACCUUUCGAGAUGGUUCCAUCUCAAAGACGCGGCAUUCAUUCGGAUUUGGUGGACACAAGAAGAAGAUCACCCGAUCUCAGACGGAAAACCUUGAGAAAGUGUCCGCUAACCGCAGCGUGUUUAUUAAUUGCAUCAGCUCAGGGACCAAUGAGGGAGAUGAUUCAGGGUUCCUCGAUGAUGUGAGCAGCAAGAGGUCUUCCAAGCAUAAGAAGCAGCUGCUGUCCAAGUCCUUAUUAGCUCGCCAACGUUUUUCCAAGAACUUGUCCAAUGUCCCAGACCAGGGUAAAGGUCAGGAUGGUGUGGAAGAUCCUCCUAAAACUGGUACCCCAGGUUCCUCGCCUGGAGAACUGGCUGAGAGUUCUCUACAGUCGCCCAUGAUCUCAGAAGACCGCACCACGGCAAUAACACCAUCUGAUUUUGUUCACAUCACUGAAGACUCGGUCUCAGAAGUUGACGCUUUGCCAGCCCCCAGUCCAGCUGCUCCACCUGAAAACUUCAGCCAAGCUGUUUCUCUGUCGCUGGUGCCCUUCUCCCCAGCCCAGGCCCGCACGGAAAAGCACUUACUGCCAGAUACCAGCCACACAGCCAACACACAGCGUGAGAGCACCACUGCCCAUACGGAACCAGUACUACUGCAGACAGUGAAAGAGCUGAACCCUAACACUAACCUUAAUGCUAAUGCUAACCCUGACCAGUCAGAGGCCAGUGAGAUUGAGCAAGCUCCAGAACUGAGUGAGGACAGCAGCUCCAACCCAGACGCCCGUGAACGGCGGUCUAGGAACACUGUACUCAUCCAGCAGGCAGGAAGAUCAUCAGGCCUGAGCAAACUAGAGACCAGGCCAAGUCACCUGAGAAAGCCGCACACAGUGUCCAUGUGCAGCAGUGUGAGCCCAUACCAUGAGGUGAUGCGCAUGGAGAGACGUCUGCGGUCAGCCUCUGAGGGUGCAGGAGGACCCAGACUUCACCUCAACCUCAGGGACCCUCACUGCAUGGAGGGCAACACUUUAUACAAGCAGAGAACCAGUUCCUCAUCUUCCAAACUGGGCAGCAUGGAUGUUUUGAAUAACCUUGGCUCAUCCGAGUUGGAUGAGGAUGACCUGAUGCUGGAUCUUGACCUCUCUGAUGACCAGCGACCUCAACACGCCUCACGGGAGGAUUCCAGUCAAUCCCUUGCAUCAUGCCUCAACCUGCUGCCCUCACCCCUGGAGGCCUCCACAGACAGGACCCCUGGAAGAGAGCCCAAGGAGACCCCUCUCAGGGAGAAGCGGCCGAUGUCCCUCUUUCUGUCUCGUGAUGAUGAACUUUUGCCCGGGCUGGAAGCGUUGCCGUUCAGGCUGAUGCAGCAGGACUGCACAGCGGUAAAGACUCUUCUGCUGCGGUUACGCAGGACCCUGCAGGAGAGCACUGAGAUCAGUCCUGCCAGCAGCCUUCACUCUCUACCCAUAAGCCCCUGCAGUGAGAAAUCUCUCCCCUUUAAGGAUCCUGGGAGAGAAGAGAACCAGUUCCUGCAACAGCAGCUGAAGGAGAAAGACGAACUGAUUGUACGACUUCAGGCUGAGUUGGAAUCCACCCGUGCUGCUCUGAAAUCUCUUUGCCAAAAAGCUGACAAAAGCACUCAGACAGAUUUCUUACUCUCAGAGGGCCACUCUCGAGUCAACGCCUCUUGCAGGAGACCAUUUCUUGAGAAAAUUCAACCCAGGUUAUCACUGCGUACGACUGGAUUCUCUACUCUUGGAAGUACACCAUCAGUCCCUUUUGGAUGGCCACUCUCACAAACACCAUCUGUACGACCGACACUUGUUUUGCAUAUUAUCUCUUUGUGUUUUUUAGUUAGAGCUCUCUAACUGUCCAUCAUGCAUUACUCAUCUCCGGCCCCAGCCAGUGCCAGCACUUCAAAUCCAACCUAUUGUGUCUGCCUGUUCGAUAUCCAUAGCUUAUUAAAUCACAAAGCUUUAAAGAAACAGCUGAGGAAGUACACUCUGUACGUGGACUGUGUGUGCAGCAUUAUAAUCCACCUAGAUGCUGGAAAGAAUGGUACCCAACAUUCCGUGUGCCCAGGGCGACCGGAAUGGGAAGAUGAAAGCUCUGUGUUUGCUCAGGUGGAGAAGCUUUCGGCAGAGAAGCAGUGAGCCUCUGACGCUUUGAUCCUCUUUGUCUGUUUAUAUUGAUGUGUACAAUUGUGUCUGUCUUACAGAGCCAAAAAAAAUGGCACAAGAAGAGAGUAUCUGUUCUGCAUUACCAGGCAAUAUUGACCUAUUUGUUAACAGGAAUAGGAACUCCUGGGAUACGGCUGACGCUGUUCCAGCGAACGCGGGCUGUGUGAGAUCUGCAGGCCAUGGAAUGAGUCGGUUCAUGCUUUUGUUCUGCCGUUAGUGUUUAAUUAGCAGAACAAUGUCUCUUAACAGUUUGGUCUUUUAUGUUUUUGCCAAAAACCCCUCCCUUGUUUUUCGUUUCUUUUAUUUAUGAGUUCAGCAUGCUUUGCUUGCGUUAGCCAUUACCCCGACCAGCAUCUGAAGUGUGUUGCGUCUAGACCAAUGUGUAGUAGUUUCCUUUCAGUGAUAAACACCCCUGGGAGUUUGCAUGUCUGCGAUGGCAGGCGAGCCUUUGAAGCGCGAUUCGGCUCAUAAUUAAGUGCUGCCCUGUGGUGUUACGCACAGGAUGAGACUGAGAUAAGUGAGCUGGACAGAGGCCACGAUGUAGUCAGGUGGUCCGAGGUCCCACCUCUCAUUCUCUACAGGUUUUCGUACAGACUAAUGAGAUCUCAUUCUUUAGAAGAAUGCACAGGCUCAGAGAGGCUUUGUUGCUAGUCACAUCCUGUUGCUGCAGCCUCACGGCUGUAUCCAGACUCGACUCACCUGCAGGGAGAAUAGUAGAGAAAUGGGAAUUCAGCAGGGAGGAGGAGACUAGGAAUGGGAAUUAAUGGUUCUGGUUAAGAUUCCAAUUCCAUAACAGUUCUUUAACUAUAUACUACUAUAAUGCAAGUUAGAUUUUAUUAUA